AUGACGGUAGAUGAAAAGUAUAUAGGGCUCGCCCUGGCACUAGCGUCAAGUGUCUUUAUAGGCGUGAGCUUUGUCUUAAUGAAAAUGGGCCUCAUGGACGGCCAGAAACAACAUGGAAUCCAGACUGGUGAACACUACAGUUAUCUGCAGAAUGUAAAGUGGUGGAUUGGAAUGGGAAUAAUGAUUGCCGGUGAAGCCGCCAAUUUCGCUGCUUAUUCAUAUGCUCCUGCUAUUCUAGUGACUCCGCUAGGUGCCGGAAGUGUUCUAGUUAGUGCCGUACUGGCUUCCAUACUGCUGAAGGAACGUCUGGGCAGCGAAGGAAAGAUUGGCUGUGCUCUGUGUAUGAUUGGAGCUAUCGUUAUUAUAUUACAUGCUCCUGGUGAAAAAGAUAUCGAAUCCGUAGACGAAAUACUGGAUUUGGCCGUGCAGCCGGCAUUCAUGAUGUACAUGCUGCUAGUCAUUGGUGUGGCCCUAUACCUUAUCUACAAAGUCGCACCAAUACAUGGCAAAUCAAACAUGCUCGUGUACAUUGCUAUAUGCUCACUGGUGGGCUCGAUAUCCGUCAUGGCUUGCAAAGGCUUUGGAAUUGCUCUGAAACUCACAUUCGCCGGCAACAAUCAGUUAUCACGGCCGUCUACGUAUUUGUUUGGAAUGGCUGUUGUCGUCUGUGCUGUGACGCAGAUGAAUUACUUUAACAAGGCGCUGGAUUUGUUUUCGACCAAUAGAGUCAUGCCAAUAUAUUAUGUGUUCUUUACUACUGCUACAAUCUUGGCGUCUGUAUCUCUGUUCCAGGGAUUUAAUGAAACGGACUCUGUCAAGGUCUUGUCCGUGUUUUGUGGAUUCUUUACUAUAUUUAUUGGAGUGUUUAUGCUGAAUUCCAAGCGAGAAAACACCUCGCACGAUCUAUCAAAACCAUCGUUAAGGGCCUCGAUGGUUUCGCGGAAUGGCGGUGCCAACGGUCAUGUUGAUGAUAGAGUGGCUUUAGUGUCUGAGAGCCAUUUACUGAAGACUUUUGAUGACGAGAGUGGAGAAGAAGAACUAUAUAAUGUGUGA